CUUGAUGCAUAUUGUAGUAUCUGCACGCGUAUAUUGGCACAUUCCAUCUGCAAACAUCGCCGAGUGUGAGAAGCACACAGCUACAGUAGCGCGACAUUUUUGGUGGGCGUGGCAAGCUGCUUUCGCUGCCGCCCGUGGCAUAUUAGGCAUCGCUCUUAUCAGCGUACCUGGCAGCAGCGAGAAAAACGCGGUUGGAGCGAAGUGAGGAAUCGUGCGAAGUAGCACAGCCCAACGUCGAGACGACGCGUGAGGAGAACAGCUAUGAACCGAUAAACAACUCGGCAGCUUUUUAUACAGCGCCCAACCGCCAUGCCGCCGACACGCCUGUGGCUCUUGGGCCGCCUCUUCGCCAAGGAUUCGCAGCCAGCAACCCAGCUUCGCAGCCAGCAACCCUCGGCCUGCGCCGCCGCGCCCCAGGUCGCAUCAGCCCCUGUGGGACCCAGCCAACAAAGCGCGAAGCAGCACCAACAAUCAUCACAACAACAUACGCAGACUGCGCAACCCCCGGGCAGCUCCGGAUGCCGGCCGGCGCCGCCACGGCGCUCGAACUCGCCGCCCUGGCAGCUAGCCAUGCUGCCGCUGCUACUGCUUGCGCUUGCGCUGGCACCGUGCGCCGUGCGGGCCGAGCUGGAGGCGACACUCGUCUUCCGCUCCAUCAACCGCCCAUUCACGCUCAACGACUGCAGCGUGCUUGACGACUACCUCACGGACGCGUUGAUUGCGAAGAACGUGCCAAUUGACUUCGCCAACCCGCGCCUUUAUCGCCCCACCUGCAACGUCAGCAACUCCAACCCGCCCGCCGCCGGCGGCGUGCGCGGCACCAUGAAGUACGACGUGGUGUUUGACGGACUGCCCUUCCUGGAGAACUUGCAGGCCUUUGCGCUGGCCAUGCGCGACGAACUGCUGUGGCGCUCGCUGUUCCUGGUCACGUACACGGGCUGCGGCGGGGAGGCCCUGUACAGCGACGUGGCCAACGACUUCGGCCUGACGCAGGAGGUCAACGUGUGCACCGCCGCGCCGGGCACCACGCGCCUGCCGCCCACCGCCAGCAAGGACUGCACCUACCUGCUGCCGCAGCAGGUCUGCAGCCCACCGCCGCCCCCGCCCCCGCCGCCACAGCCCGGCACGCCGCCCGGCGUGGCGCCGCCCAGCCCCGCGCCCGCGCCGCUCACGCCGCCACCGUCACCCGCGCCGCCUCAGCCCAACCCGCCCGACCCGCCCCGGCCGCCGCGGCCGCCCCGCCCGCCGUUCCCUCCUGGCCUGGGCCCUUGCAUCCUGGUCACCAAGGCGAUCCGCCCCGCCAACUGGAGCUCCAGCGGCUUGGAGUGCAACAUGCUGGUGCAGUCCAUGCAGGGCUUCUUCACGGUUGGCGCCGCCAUGGUGCCGGACCGCGGUUUCAAGUGCCUGGACGACGGCUCCAGCAACGGCGUCAUGCUGGUGGUGGGCACAGCCGCCAGCCGCGAGGACGCGCAGACGGUGGCGAACAACUUCGCCUCCAAGCCGCUGGCCACUGCCACCAUCAAGUUGCUGCGCGGCAUGAACUGCGGCUCCGCACUGUCGCUGGAGGGCGCCGCGUGUGGCGUGGCGGUGCGCUAUACUUCGGGCGCGCAGCCCGAGAUGUUCGACUGCUGGCCCAGCCCGCCGCCCAGCCCCAUGCCGCCCAGCCCACCGCCCAGCCCAGCCCCGCCCUCGCCGCCCAGCCCGCGGCCGCCCAGCCCGCGGCCGCCCAGCCCGCCGCCGGCGCUGCCCUCCCCGCCGGCCUCGCCGCCGCCGCCCACCUUCCUGCAGAUCCGCAUCACGGGCGCCAACAUGCUCAAGAUGAACUGCACGGCGCUGGCCGGCGCCACCACCCUGUCCAUCCUGACCUCGGGCCUGCAGCCGCUGUCCGACACCAGCUGCAACGUGGACUACAUCCUGCGCGAGGUGCAGCUGCGCACGCGGAUGGCGGACGCGCAGCAGGCAGCGCAGGCGGGCAUUGCGCUGGGCGAUUUCCUGGGCACCUUCAUUGCCUUCGGCCAGCUGCCCUGCAACAGCAUCUUGGAAAUGUCCGUCAGCACCUCUUGGUGGUACAACGCGCUGACGUGCCCAAUCAAGCCUGCGCUGUGCUGCCCCAGCCCGCCGCCGCCGCCCCCUCUGCCGCCCAGCCCGCCUCCUCCCAGCCCGCCUCCUCCCAGCCCGCCGCCGCCCUCACCUCCCCCGCCCAGCCCGCCUCCUCCAGCGCCCCCACCACCGUCGCCACCUCCUCCUAGGCCGCCGCCACCGCCCCGGUUACCGCCCAAGCCGCCCAGCCCCAUGCCUCCGGAUUGGCCUGCCGACCCGCAGGCCCCCAACGCCCCUUCGCGCCGCAAGAGGCCUCCGCCCAGCCCUCCUCGACCGCCGCCGCCACCGCCGCCAAAGCGGAAGCGGCGGCCAGCUAAGCGCGGCCUGCGUGAGAACUGAGCUGGAAUCGGUUUCUAUAUCGACUUGUAAGCGGCAGCGUAAUGCAAUGUUUACGGGCAUCAUUGCGCAACAAUGCAGCAGCAUGCUGGAGCUCUGGUCAGGGGUGUGUCGGCCUUAGUAGCUGAUACCGCUGUACAUGCGGCUGCACCGUAGCAUUCUUUGAUUUAGAAGGCUUGAACAGCCUUAGCUUGUGCACCCACCAGGAGCUGUUACUUAAAAGCGACGUGACCCGACAAAUCGCACUUGGUUCUUCGUGCUGGGCACUUGUAGAUGCGUGCUGGAAUGCACGUGUGCACCCAGCAUGUGGCCUGACAGAGUAUGAUUUCAAAUCGCUGCCCAAUCUUCGGUAUCACACCUGGUGGACGGCCGGACCUGAUGCAGUUGGCCGUGUGACCUGGCCCACAUGACAGCGCUCCGCGCUGCAAUUUAGUAUGCAUCAUUGCAUCCCGUCUGAAUUGAAACAUUGGCUUGUGUUGAGAAUGCAUGCUCAUUGCUAUGAGGGCCUCCAUUGCGAAGCCGCAUGUUCGAAGGGACAAUGGGUUUGACGCUUGCAUUAUGUUUCUUUCAGGCAGACUUGCUAUAGUCAAGUCAAGCUUUCUAGCCCUGUCGAGCCCAGCAAGUCGCAUUCAACGUCACUGGCUCGUGAACUGCGUCAGCAGGUCCCUCCGCUGUCCUUUUUGUAACCAACGCAAUCU